AUGGUGUGGUCUACUGCAUCAGUUUUUGAUACUUCCCUUGUCCGUGGUCUAGUUGAUAAUUAUGACGCAUUCGAAAAGGUAAAGGGAAGAUUAUCGGGUCCAAAGCACUAUGUACAUACCUGUAUUUCAUUUUUUGUGGCAGAAAGCAGCCGAAGUAGCGCGCUGUGUAAGGUUCUGGGGCCGGGAAAAAUAGCUGGAAUUGAUAUAACUUGUUAUUUUCGUCAGCUAGUACUACUAGUGCUAUUCUGCAGCAAAAGGCCGCUAGUGAUGGUCAAUUAUGGUCUUGCUUUUUCGACUCCUUUUGUGAAUUGCUUCUAUCCACGCGGUAUUCGAAAAGGUACUGUGUAGAAGGUGUAUGUAUGUAUGUUUCAAAUACAACCUGUGUGAUGUGCUAAGAUCAUCAUCACCAUCUUCGCUGUAUUGUUUGGGUUCAAUGGAAAAAAAUUCGGCAGAUUAAAAUAUGACAACCAAUAUCGAACGUAGCCGUGGUCGGCUCUAGUUGACGUCGGCAGGUCGUUUCGAUAUUGUUUUUGCGCCUUUGUUUCGUUCGUGCUAGCGCCGAUGACUUUUUUUACGCUCAAUAAUUUUCAGACUUGUUAUACGUAUGCUUAUAUAUCUGAACAAUUUCAUUUUCUGGACCAUCCUCUGAUCGCACAGUUUGAGUUUCAAGUCCAACAACUCAUUUUCAAAUUCUAAAU